AACAAAUAGAGGCGGAAACUAAGCGGCUUGUCUGUUUCUGGGGUAGAUCUUCGUGUGGGACUUCCGGCGGAAGUAAACAGCAAGGUGCUAGCAGCGUUAGCUUCUUGGUUUCUUUCUGUUUAUAGUCGCUUAGAAAACGGUUUUCCUGUGUGAAAAAACAUAACUGUGCACACAAUAACGUCUUCGGUUCACCAGAGAGCGACUUAAUGCUGCUUCCGGAGAAAUAUUGAACAGCAUCGUCCAUUAGCAGGAAGAGAUCGAUAAUGAGCUGAGACUGCAGGAUAAAAGCUGGAAAACCCAAAUCAUCUGGGAACCUCCAGACACUGCAAAUUCAUAGUUUAGAUUUCUACACCCCUUUGUUACAGAUUCAACCUCUUUCUUUAUCUGCUGCAUGUGGAUCAUGGUUCCUUCUGCUGUGUAUGUUCUCAAAAAAGUCUGUUGAAGGGAAUUCACACCAUCCCAUGAAAGUUUUUUUCACCCUAACCAUACCUCAUUUCACAUCAUUUUAUGUUAUGCACUAUAAGCAAUGUGUUCAUAACCAAGCUUAAAAUCAAGUGUUCCAACACAUACUGUUGAUUGAAAUUUUAACAUGUUUUUGUUUUUUGUUUUUCUUAUUUCAGAGUUGCUAUUAUUAGCAAGAUGUUCUUGCUAAUCAGACCAAAACAAAAUGUCUAUUUUGGACCUGAGGGGAACUGAAUCUCUAUAAACUGAAGGAAGAGCAGAAAACCUGGAACAAACACGAGUAAAAGAAUCAGAACCUCUCCAGAUUGUAAAGGUAGAAGAUAAGACAUGGAUAUUUUAGUUACAACAGGUUCUAGAUCUUUUGAAAACAAAGAACCAGUAGAACCAGAAUUGCAACAAAUGAGGCGAAAUGAUUGUCAAUCAGAAUCUCAACAACUGGUUAAGAUUGAGGCUGAAGGCAUCAGUCUAGAUGAUAGCCAGGAUGCACCAAAGCAGGAGACUGAGAUCAUAAUGGUAACUGUUUCUGGAUCUCUUGAAAUCAAAGGAGAACAGCUAGAAUUAAAAUUGGAACAAAGGAACGAAGAUGAUUGUCUACCAGAAUCUCAGCGAUUGGUAAAGAUUGAGGCUGAACGCAUCAGUCAGGAUACAAAACAGAAUUUACCAAAGCAUGAGCUUGAUUCCAUAAUACUAAAUGUUUCUGGAUCACUUGAAAUCAAAGAAGAACCAGUGGAGCUGGAAUUGGAUCUAAUGAAAGAAGAUGAUUGUCAAUUGGGAUCUCAACAGAUGGUAAAGGCUGAGGCUGAAGGCAUCAGUCAGGAUGACAACCAGGAGGUAUUUAAGCAGGAGAUUAGUACUGUAAUGGUGGCCGAUUCUGGAUCUCUUCAACUCAAAUUGGAACCAGGAGAACGAGAUCCUGAAUAUUUGAAGGAAGAGGACGAAGGAUCAGGACCUCAGCAGAUGGGAAAGAAAGAGGCUGAUAACAUUGCCCAGGAAGUACUGAAGCAGGAGAAUGAGACCUUAACCGUAACAGCUUCUGGAGAUGAAUCAGAGUACCAACAACCUGAACUGAAUGGAAAAAAAAUCCUGUGUCAGAACAUCGUUAAAGCAGAGCACCAUCAGGAUAUAAAAACUGAGAAAGCUUCAGGAUCCAGCAGAAAUGAACAGCAACAGAAGAGAGCUCAGAAAAGCAGAGGUCAAUGUGAUGAUGAAGAGAAAAUGAUAAAGGACAAAAAGAAUGACAAAGUAAAAAAAUGCCAAAAAUGUAGUGUUUGUGGUAGAAAUUUUAACCGCAAAGAGCAUUUAAUGGUUCACAUGCGAACCCACACAGGUGAGAAGCCUUUCUCAUGUGUAACCUGUAGGAGGAGCUUUAAUCGCAAAAAUAGUUUGAAUAUCCAUAUUAGAACUCACACAGGUGAGAAGCCUUUCUUGUGUCCAAGAUGUGGGAGGAAUUUUACUUCCAAAAGUAGUUUGAAUGGCCAUGUAAGAUCUCAAACAGGUGAGGAGCCGUUCACAUGUAAAAUAUGUGGAAAAGUUUUUUGUCUAAAACGUAGUUUGAGUAGGCACAUAAAAAGUCAUACAAUUGCCAAAAACCUUUCUUGUGAGGGGCAAAAGUUUAAUUCUCCAGACCAAACUCCCCCUGAAGAGGCUCUAACUCAAACAGAUUUAAUCUGUGAGAGCUGUGGAAAAGUCUUUAUUUGUAAAACUACAUUGACAUGGCAUAUGAAAAUUCAUACAGGAGAAAAGCCUUUCCCUUGUGUUACAUGUGGAGAAUCUUUUCAGGAAAGCUGCCUAUUGACUAACCACACUAGGGUGCACAAAGGAAAGAAACCAUUUUGUUGCACUAUAUGUGGAAAAUCUUUCACUAGAAGAACUCAUUUGAAUAUCCACAUUAGAAAUCACACAGGUGAGAAGCCCUUUCCAUGUGGAAAGAGCUUUUCUGCACAAAAUAGUUUGAAAAGACACACAAGAUCUCACACAGGAGAGAGACCUUUCUCAUGUUUGACCUGUGGAAAGAAUUUCAGUCAAAGACGUUACUUAUCUGCUCAUUUGAAAACUCACACAGGGGAGAAGGCUUUCUCAUGUUUGGUCUGUGGAAAAAGUUUUCGUAAAAGACAUAACUUGUCUGCUCAUGUGAGAGCUCAUUCAGGAGAGAAGCCUUUCUCAUGUAUAACCUGUGGAAAAUCUUUCAGUAGGAAAAAUAGUUUGUGUCUCCACAAAAAAAUUCACACAACUGAGAAGCCUUUCUCAUGUAUAAUAUGUGGAAAAUCUUUAUGUAGUUCUAAUGGUUUGAAAAUUCACAUGAGAACUCACACAGUUGAAAAACCUUUUUCAUGUAUUACCUGUGGAAAAGGUUUUAAAUGGAAAAGUAGCUUGUAUAUUCACAUGAGAAGUCAUACCGGUGAGAAUCCUUUCACAUGUAUAACUUGUGGAAAGGUUUUCACUAAAAAAUAUAGCUUGUAUAUCCACAUGAGAACUCACACGGGUGAGAAACCUUUCUUAUGUAUAACUUGUGGAAAAUCUUUCAGUAGAAGAAAUAGUUUGAAUAGGCACAUGAGAACUCACUCAGUUGAGAAGCCGUUUUCAUGUAUUGACUGUGGAAAAGGUUUCAAAUGGAGAAGUGGUUUGAGUUACCACAUGAGAACGCAUGGAGAUGAAAAGCCUUUCAUGUGUAUAACCUGUGGAAAAGGCUUCACUGAAAAAUAUAAUUUUGAUAUCCACAUGAAAAGUCACACUGGUGAAAGGCCUUUCUCAUGUCUAACCUGUGGGAAAACUUUUAGUAGGAAACAUACUUUGAAAAGGCACAUGAGAACUCAUGUGAAAGUGCCUGUGUAAUCUUUAAUUUCCCUUCUGUGACUUAAGGUAAAACUUUUACCCAAAUAAGUAGCUUAACCCUUUUACGCCGGAGUUUCAAGCGUCUGCCUAAAUAAACCUUCCUUAUUUUAAUUCUA